ACACACGAUUUUCUACAUAUGCUGCUGAUCAACCUUGGCAGAACAGUAGAGAUAAAGAAGUGAAAGACACAAUCGCUCAAACUCAUUAAAAGAUAAGAACUUGAGUUAUAAUGCGGUGACAUAUCGGAAAGAACCAUGACUCAUUCAAAAGUAAGUAAAAAUAUCAAAUAAACAUUGAGAAACAACUUUGGAUAUAGCGCGUGACCUAACCUAACCUUUGAUCGGUAUACUCAUAUUGACAUAUCAGUUUCACUUUAAAAAUAGCUGGUGCGUGCCGUCGUUCGACUGUGCGCCUACAAAUAGGCCGAUGGUGAAGCGUGCUAGUUCGGCAGCGCUACGUGAUGACACACCGGACGAGUCACUUGCGCGAGAGAGAGCCCAGCGGAGGAAGCACGAGACUAGCUUGUCGAAGCUGCUGGAAGCGUGCGAGCCGCGGAAACUUGGCGAAUUGGCGAUCAGCAGGCAGAAGCAGAAUGAAAUCUCCGAUUGGCUUCAUUGCAGAGCCUCGAACAGGCGGCCUUCCGUGCUGGUCCUUUCUGGCCCUUCCGGUUGCGGCAAAACCGCAGCCGUAAAGCUGCUCGCCCGGGAACACGGAUUCGACGUCAUCGAGUGGAUUACUCCGGUCGAUCCAGCUGAAGAUGAAAACAACCGCGUGACGCGACAAGGAGACCGGUUCGUGGAUCACGUGAUCCGUGCGACGCGUUACCAUACGGUGCUCGGCAGCGGUUCCAAACAGUUGCUCCUGGUCAAGGACCUCCCGAACGUCUAUCAGGAGGACCACAAAGGCUUCUUCGCGUUUCUGGAAACGUAUUUCCAGGUGGGGAGAGAGCCCGUGGUAUUCGUGUGCACGGAGACCGGCAACUCCAGGCUGCUGCAGACCUUGUUCGCUCCGGCUGUGAGAGAGAAAUUCGGCAUCGACCUCAUCAACGUGAACGCGGCCACGCAGACGGCGAUGAAGAACGCGAUGAAACGCGUGUCCGGUCUGCUGAACUCGAUCGCCGGCGACAUGCUGCACGUCACUCAGCGGCACAUCGACGAGACGCUGGCCGACAGCAUCGGCGACGUGCGCAGCGCCCUGCUGAAUCUCAUCUUUCUUUCUCUCAGAGUGCCCGAGCAACGAUCGAAGAACGAGUGCGGCGUGCGGGAGGAAACCCUGGGUCUGCUGCACGGCGUCGGGAGGGUCAUUAAUCCGAAAAGAGACCUGGACGGCGAUUCCCGCAGGUUCGUGCAUGACCCCGAGGAGACAGCCGGUUUCUUCCAGUCGCAGACGGUGGUGUUCGUCCGGUUCCUCCAAGAGAAUUAUCUGAACACCAUAAGGACCAUAGAGGAAGCUACGGUGGCGUCUGACAUCCUGAGCUUGGCCGAGGUUCUGAAUUCGGAGUGGCGGGAUCGUAAUCUGGGUAAGGUGGCGCUCUCAUACUGCAUCCGCGGAUUGAUGUUAGCUAACGAGAAACCGGUGCCCGGGUGGAAUCCCGUGAGAAAGCCGCGGGACGAUCAACCCAAUAUACGCCGGUGCCUGGCGACAGCGGAAACGCGAUGGUACGAGUCGAUGAUCAAGCCCGCUUUGAAAGAAACGAACGAGGUGCUCGAGGAGGGCGACGAAACAUUUAUUGAGGACGAUUAGAAACAUCACGAAUCGAGUUGUGUACGAACCGUCUUCCUUCCAAGUGUCUUUCUAUUUUUUUUUAUACAUGUCUCAUCCGUUUCCUCCACACACAUGAUCAGUCUUAACGUAAAUAAUUCGAAAUUUUAUAUAACGCUAAAGAUAAGAGAAUGACUGAGAGUAGCUAAGUUUAGUCAGAGUAAUAAAUAUACAACGAUA